GAUUCAGCCACUACAUUUCAGUACUGGAGGUAUAUGGCCUGGACCCAGCUCAACUCUGUGGAAUAGAGCAGAACCAGAUCCCAGCUGUGUGUCUAUGAUGAGUAAUGUGUCUAUGAUUCAGCCACUACAUUUCAGUGGUGGAGGUGCAUGGCCUGGACCCAGCACAGUGGAGCAGAAAAGUUCAGAACCACAAUCCAGCUUUUGGUCUAUGAAAAGAUACCCGUCUAUGGAUCAGCUAAAACAGUUUAAGAGUGGAGAUGAAUGGCUUGGUCUCACCUACAGCAUUUUCCAUGAAAUCCUCAACACGUUUAGAUCAAAUAGAAUGAAGAAGUUUGAGUGUCUAUAUGAAGGAACAGUGAGGCAGGGAAACCCAACACUGCUGAAUGAAAUCUACACAGAGCUCUACAUCACAGAGAGUGAGAGUGGAGAGAUCAAUAAUGAGCAUGAGGUGAGACAGAUUGAGAUACAAUCCAGGAGAGCAGCAACAGAGGACACACCGAUCAAAUGCAAUGACAUCUUUAGACCUUUACCUGGAGAAGAAAAACUCAUCAGAACUGUGCUGACAAAGGGAGUCGCUGGCAUUGGAAAAACAGUCUCUGUGCAGAAGUUCAUCCUGGACUGGGCUGAAGGGAAAGAGAAUCAGGACAUUCAGCUCAUAUUUCCACUUCCUUUCAAAGAGCUCAAUUUGAUGAAGGACAAAACACUCAGUCUUUCAGGUCUUCUUAACUUCUUUUUCCCUGAAACUAAAGAAAUGGGAAUAUCCAUUGAAGAAUAUAAAGUGUUAUUCAUCUUUUAUGGUCUGGAUGAGUGCCGUCUGUCUCUGGAAUUUAAGAGCAAAGUCAAACUGACCAAUAUGUCUGAAUCAGCCUCAGUUGACGUGCUGCUCAUGAACCUCAUUGUGGGGAAUCUGCUUCCCUCCGCUCUCAUCUGGAUCACCUCCAGACCAGCAGCAGCUGAUCUCAUUCCCUCUGAGUGUGUCCAUCGAGUGACAGAGGUACGAGGAUUCAAUGAGCCACAGAACGAGGAAUACUUCAGGAAGAGAAUCGGUGAUCAGAGUCUGACCAACAGGAUAAUCUCACACCUAAAAUCUUCAAGGAGCCUCUACAUCAUGUGUCACAUCCCAGUGUUCUGCUGGAUCUCAGCCACUGUUCUGGAGAAGAUACUGAGUCAAGCAGAGAGUGGAGAGAUUCCCAAGACUCUCACUGAAAUGUACACACAUUUCCUGAUCCUUCAGACCAACAUCAAACAUGAGAAGGACUAUGAAAAGAACGUGACAGAUGAAGACAUGAUCCUCAAACUGGGGAAACUGGCUUUUCAGCAGCUUGUGAAAGGCAACCUGAUCUUCUAUGAUGAGGACCUGAGGGAGUGUGGCAUUGAUGUGUCAGAAGCAUCAGUGUACUCAGGAUUGUGCACUCAAAUCUUUAGAGAGGAGUUAGGUUUGUAUCAGGGAAAAGUCUUCUGCUUUGUUCAUCUGAGCCUUCAGGAACAUCUAGCAGCUCUAUAUGCACACCUCUCCUUUACAGUCAACAACAUCAAUGUGUUUGACCAAACCAAACAAAGUCUGUUGCCUAAGAUUUUUAACCAAAAGAAAUAUAAUUCAUUAUCUGAGCUGCAUCAGAGAGCUUUAAAAAAGGCCUUAAACAGUAAGAAUGGACAUCUGGAUCUUUUCCUUCGUUUUUUUCUGGGUUUCUCAGUGGAAUCCAAUCAGACUCUCUUACGAAAACUACUGACACAGACAGGAAGCUGCUUCUGCAAUAAGGAGGAAACAGUUCAGUACAUCAAAGAGAAGAUCAGGGAGAAUCGCUCUCCAGAGAAAUCCAUCAAUCUGUUUCACUGUCUAAAUGAACUUGGUGAUGAUUCACUGAUGCAGGAGAUCCAAGAUUAUCUAAAAUUUGGAAAAAUAAAAGAAACCAAUCUCUCCUCUUCACAGUGGUCAGCUCUGGUUUAUGUGUUGCUGACAUCAGAGCAGAAGAUGGAUGUUUUCGACCUAAAACAGUUUAUUGGAGCGCGACAUACAGCAGAUGAAAUUCUUCAGAAUCUGUUACCUGUGGUUAAAGAAUCCAGAUCAGUUCGGCUAAGUGGCUGUAAUCUCACUGCUCAGUGUUGUGAAAGUUUGGCAUCAGCUAUACAAUCCUCAAACUCUGUCCUGAGAGAGCUGGACCUGAGUAACAAUGACUUACAGGAUUCAGGAGUGAAGCUGCUUUCUGAUGGACUGAGGAGUCCAAACUGUCACCUGGAGUUUCUGAGGUUGUCUGGUUGUAUGGUGACAGAGAAAGGCUGUCAUUAUGUGUCUUCAGCUCUGAGUUCAAACCCCUCACACCUGAGAGAGCUGGAUCUGAGCUACAAUCACCCAGGACAAUCAUUAGUCAAGCUCUAUGAGAAACUGGAGGAUCCAAACUCCUCAUUGGACAAACUAAAUGUGGAUCAUGGAGGAGAAUCCAGGAUUACAGCAGGACUGAAGAAAUAUGCCUGUUUUCUCACACUGGAUCCAAACACCGCAAACAAACAUCUCAUUUUGUCUGAGGAGAACAGAAAGGUGACACGUGUGAAAGAGAAUCAGUUGUAUCGUAAUCAUCCAGAUAGAUUUGAAGCGUGUCAGGUGUUGUGUAGAGAGAGUGUGUGUGGACGCUGUUACUGGGAGAUUGAGUGGAGUGGAGAUAAUGGUUUGUUUAUAUCAGUGUCAUAUAAGAGCAUCAGCAGGAAGGGAUGGGGUGAUGAUAGUUUGUUUGGAUCUAAUGAUCAAUCCUGGAGUUUGAUCUGCUCUCCCUUCAGUUACUCAUUCAGACACAAUGACAUACAGACUGAUCUUCCUGUGAAGCCCAUCAGCAGUAGAAUAGGAGUGUAUGUGGAUGAGAGUGCAGGAACUCUGUCCUUCUACAGCAUCUCUGACACAAUAAGCCUCAUCCACACAGUCCAGAUCACAUUCGCUCAGAUGCUCUAUCCUGGAUUUUAUGUUUAUCCUGGAUCAUCAGUGAAACUGUGUUGAUGAAUCAGAAUAGACUGACAAGAGACUGUAUCCUGACUGAAAUGAGCUCCAGGGUGGUUUCACAGCAUUUAAUAAUAUAUAUAUUUAUUGUAAGUACAGUACAUCUGUUGUUGUUUUCUGAGAUUUUAUUAAAAUCACAUAAUUUAAUGGCAGUAUAUUUAUGAACAAAAAACUGAAGUGUUUUACUAUUAUUAUUAGUGCA